CAAACAGUGCAGGACUGGGUUGAAACAUCAAACAAUCAAUAACCACGUACUGCUUAGGCCAGUGGGAGAAAAUGAUAUAACACAUGGUAUAUAUCAUGUGUUAAUUACCUUACAGAACGGAAUGGAGUUUAUUUUUUAAAUUGUUUUAUUAAACAGGGCGUUGCAGGAAUAAUAUUAGGUGACAUCUCCUUCAUCAGCGAGAUGAGUACACGUUAGCGAGACAUGGACGAUUAAACUUGCUGCAGCUACAACUUAAUAAGGCUAAGAGGAUGUUUUAAAAGCAGACGACGGCGACGAUUGUACGUGGAAGUGUCAUUGAUAGGAUUCGAAAAUGCGGGGUCUCGGGUCAAUUUGUGCAGGUGGAUGGUUGACCUGAUGUUACAAGGUAUCCGUUGAUGCUUCACUCUGCCGCCGCUGUACUAUACCACUUAUUUUUAUUAAUAUGAUAACUGUGAAGACUUGGGAGUAAAAAUCAGUGAUAGAGGGAGUGUGUAGCCAUGCUACCCGGGGUUGGGGUGUUUGGCACCAGCUUGACUGCCAGGGUGAUAAUCCCCCUUUUGAAGAACGAAGGUUUCUCGGUGAAGGCGCUUUGGGGACGGACCCAGGAAGAAGCAGAGGAAUUGGCCAAGGAAAUGAAUGUGCCCUUUUACACUAACAGAAUAGACGAUGUCUUACUGCACCAGGAUGUGGAUUUGGUCUGCAUAAACCUCCCGCCUCCCCUGACAAGGCAAAUUGCAGUCAAAACGCUGGGCAUCGGCAAGAAUGUGAUUUGUGACCGAACGGCCACCCCACUUGAUGCCUUCCGCAUGAUGUCAGCAGCUCACUAUUACCCGAAGCUGAUGAGCAUCAUGGGCAAUGUGCUGCGCUUCCUGCCGGCAUUCGUCAAAAUGAAGCAGCUGGUCAAGGAAGGCUACGUUGGGGAGCUGCUGGUAUGUGAGGCGCAGGUUCACAGUGGGAGUCUGCUGGGGAAGAAGUACAACUGGAGUUGCGACGACUUGAUGGGAGGUGGCGGGCUGCACUCAGUGGGCACCUACAUCAUCGACCUGCUUACCUUCCUAACAGGGCAGAAGGCAUCCAAGGUGCACGGCUUCUUGAAGACUUUCGUCAAGCAGACGGACCACAUCAAGGGCAUCCGGCAGAUAACCAGUGACGACUUCUGCACCUUUCAGAUGGUCCUAGAAGGGGGUGCCUGCUGCACAGUCACUCUCAACUUCAACGUGCCUGGGGAGUUCAGACAGGAGGUUAUCUUAGUAGGCUCAGUGGGCAGACUCAUUGUCAACGGGACUGAUCUCUAUGGCCAAAAGAAUGAUGCCUUCCAAAGGGAGCUUCUUUUAAAGGACUCCACUCCGCUGGGAAACGCCUUGCUGCCUGAGAAGGCCUUCAGCGACAUCCCAUCGCCCUACAUCAUUGGCACCAUCCAGAUGGUGCAGGCUGUUCGACGGGCCUUUGAGGAUCAGGAUGAUCGGCGCACUUGGGACGGGAGGCCCUUGACCAUGGCCGCCACGUUCGAGGACUGCCUUUAUGCCCUAUGCGUGGUGGAUACCAUCAAGAAGUCCAACCAGACUGGGGAGUGGCAGAACAUUGUCAUCAUGACCGAGGAACCGGAGAUCAGUCCUGCAUACUUGAUCAGUGAAGCCAUGCGGAGUAGCAGGGUGUCCCUAUACUGCUAACUUUUGGGAGGGGAGAAUUAAGGGAUAUAUAUAUAUAUAUAUAUACUGUAUCCAGAAAAUAUAUGCAGUAUUUGUGUUGGUGAAAGUCACGUUAAGAUGAUGGAAGGAAUUUGAAGGAGUUCAGAUACAGGCUGGCCUCAGCCAGUGGAUAACUUGGUAUGCAAGAGGCUCAGGUUUGAUAAUCAAACUGAGUGAAAGAAGCUCUUAACCUGAAGCAUCUCGGUAAAUCUGACACAUUAGAAAAGUUUCUGGAAGGAAUGCUCCACAAUUGAAGUAGGAUUGUUUAGGGCUGCUUGCAUACCCCCCAAAGGAUUUACUAAUAUUGAUAUGUGUGGGUUGUGGCUCAACUUUAGCAAAUUUAAAAGAGCAAUACCAUUUUUGUGUUUCAGAAUCAACCUCAUCCCCUUCAUCUGUGAGCUUGCACCAAACCAUCAAAAACACAUCAUCUGGGUAGUUUUAAAUGCAAAGCAAGCCAGGGAUAACAAAGGGUCCAGUGAUACAGCACUUUCACUUCUCUCAACAGUGAAGGUUAUCUGCUCUUGAGUUUAACGGCAAACCCAUUGCCAUAUUCAGUAAUACAGAGGAAACAAAGCAUACGUGAAACCUGGCUUAUUGUCUUAAUACAAUAGAUGUCUCUGAGGUUGUUCAAGUCAUUUUAGACAUUUAAUGAACAAUUCUCUAUGGCAUAGUUCUUAAUGUCAUAUAAAUCAAGUAAAAUAAAUUUCCUUUGAAAACCAAUUAUUUUUACCUUUUUAUAUUUAUUUUAAUGUAAAUUACAAUCUUCUUCUGUACAAAAAUGAAAUUGACUUUUUUAGGUUUUUAGCCUAUUUGAAGGGUUUCAACAGAAGUUUUAAGAUAAAAUUCAUUAUUCAGUCGAUGAAUGGCUGACAUUCAUUAGCAUGAUCCCUAAUCAGCCCAUUGCUCCAACCACUAGGAUACUGUUACACUUCGUGCCUCACCAACUUUUUUCUGCUAAUGAACAUGGUAAUCCUAAAAAAAAGGACUUGCCAAAUUAGGUAGGGUUCUUUGAUCUCUCCUGUGCUUUUAUUGACAGUUGUUUUGUAGACCCCUGUGAAGUCAUACCUAGUGGACUGAUACAUUGUAGCAUAUGCAUUGCAGCAUUAUAAUUUACCCAUUUUGGGUAAAGAUUAUAUUGAGUUUAAUUUUUUGAUGCGAUUUUCUAGGCACAGUGAAUUUGCUACCUUCUGUAUGGUCUUGCCCAGGGAUGCGACUUCCCCUUGAAUUGCCUUUAAACCCUCCCAGGUGUUAAACAUGGUAGGAGUAGAACCACUAUUGGAGACUAGGAAUGCAAAUAUGGAUGUAUCAUCAAAAUUUCAGGUUGCCAAAUGGCUGGUGGCCGAAUAAUGUCAAGUAUUACCAGGAGGGCUUAAUGUCAGUUUCAGGGUACAAAUCCCUUUGCCUCAAGAGAUUGCAAACAUUGUGUUAGUUGUGCCCCCCAUCCCUGAUGUGCUGUUGAUUUAUGCACUAAUAGUUUUACAUCAGUCAAGCAUGAUUCAAUUCAGUUCUGAAUUCUGACUACUUAGUUCAUGGGUUUCAUUAAAAUCUAAAAUCAAAAGACAUGGCUAAGAAGCUAAGGUUUUAAUACUAGCUUCAGUCAUACAAACAUACAUUUUUUCAGUCAGUGCUUCCAAUGAACUUGGAUUCUAUUUUAAAUUCAGUUGUUAGAUUGAAUAGGUGUACAAUUCAAAAUGUCAAAGAGCUUUUCACUGGAAGAGCAUAGGGUUUUUCAGUUGCUUAUAUGUGUAUGUUUUUUAAAGGUUUCUUUACACCAGAUAGGCAAAACCAUGAGUUCUUCAAGUAAGAACCUUAACUACUACAAAUGUAGCAUAUGGAGAACUUAUUGGGUGCAGUCUUUAUCCAAUUGAUACUGGAGUGCAUGAAAAAAAAAUCUGCCUUUGCUUAAAAAGACUUUCAUCUGUGUUCUGAAAGGCCAGAAUUUAGGUGUAUGAUUUUGCUUGACCGUGAAGUCCUUCCAGUAGGGUCAGGCCUUGCAUGCUUCCAAUCAAACAUAAUUUAAACUCUUUCGUCUAUAUCAGUAUGGUGGAUAUAUCGACACGAUAUUAAUGGAACUCUUUUAAAACUUGAAGGUAAGGGAAACGUUACAGCUUGAAGCAGUGAACUACUGUAUUGCCAUCCAUGGGCAGCACAUAAGCAUGUAGUGUACUCCCUGAUAAACCAGAGUUGUAAAGCAAAAUAUGCGACCACCAGGGUAUGAGAAAGCAUUACUACUCCUGCAACCUCCAGGGGCAGUACAGUGCUGCUACAUCUGAAGCAGAGCGUGACAUGUCUAAAUCCUGAUUUUAUCUAUAAAACAUAAAUAUAUUUCCCUAUUGUAUUCACAUAUUUAUGCAGGAUGCAUCAUGAUGAGAUGCAAAAUGCUACUUGUAGAGUAGGUGGAACUUUUAAAGGUGCUGUGACAACAAAAAUGCAUAAUCAGACCAAUAGUGUUUUUGUAAAUCAACUUUGUAAAUGAUUGUAUCUCCUGUUUUAACUUUAGUAUCCUGUCCUUCAGUCUCAAGGAUUACCCCUCACAGAGACCCCUAGCACUAAGAUGGAGCAGUCAGCACUGGAGCUCAAGUUCUGGCCUAGAGUGAAGAGUACUGUCUUUUUGAGUUACCGAUACUGCUUGUUGCAGCACAGUACUUCUUGCAAGAGUCCCUAUGAAAGUGCUGACCAGGCCCAGCUGUGUUUAGCUUCUGUUAUCAAAUGAGGUAAUAAUACAAAGCCCCUUUAACACUAGCACUCCUACUUGGAUUCCAGCCUGGUUCCUGGCUACCCGGUUCACAAUCCCACGUUGUGUGAAACCGCGUACCUGGGUCGUACCCGGGUUAACCCAGUUCCCAGUGACCCACCUCAGGAUGUGGGUUGACAAGCUUUGACCUGGGUUGAGCGAGACAAAAUGCUUGAUGGCCGUUCAUGAGCCGACGCAAUAACAAACUGCCACGGCCCGUGUGAAGAUUUUAUUUCUUCAAGGAACAUUUCUGUUUAUUCUGCUCCCGGGGCAUUGAUACGCGGAUUGUGCACUUGCGUCUUUUGCCCAGGUCAACCCUGCUUUUAUCAAAGGCAGUGUGAAAUCGCGUAGCUGACCCGGGUAGGUGCUAACCCAGGUGUGAAAGGGGCUUAGUUAGGAUACAUUUGGGCUGCAGGCUUCCCAUGUAGUCCUCAGAUUGCAAAGAAAAAGCAAAGCCCCUACACAGUACUGAAAAUAAGAGUAACUGUCCCUGGUACUCUAUGCAAAAUUGCUAAAUACAAAUCUAUUCCUGCAAUAUAUUUCUAUUCCCCACUCAGGGGACUGGGGCCUCAUUGGAAAUGAGCAUGAAUACUUAAAGGGCUACACAUAAAAAUAAAAAUAAAAACCUCUUGAAAUAAUCUUUCUGAUUCAUGGCUUUCCCUGUUGCCACUGCAUAAGGGACAGCAACAGUUGUGCUGUUUUCCUGCUUUACAAAAGAGAUUAGAGAUGGCCUCUUGAAGGGUAAACAGUCGUGAAUGUGUCAAGGUUUAACAGUUGCUUAGGGAAGCAUGAACAGAUAGCAAUAAUAUAUGUACUGCAGAGAAAUACCAAAUUGAGAACUACAUUUAACUGUAUCAAUAAACUUAUUUCAGGCACUUAAUUGAGGCAGGGGAGAGGGGCAUGUAGCACUUAAAUUAACAGGAUGCCUAAUCUUUGUUAUGCGUGCCAUGGCAAGUAAUUGGAACUGCUAAAAUACCUUUUAAAUGUGCAUAUGUGUGUGCUAUCAGUAGCUAUUAGCACCCUUAAGUGAGUACCUACAAAAAGUAUAGUUUAUGAGUAGGGCUGCUCGUCUCCAAUUGCAAACAGUUUGGCAUCCUUUAUAACACUGCGUAACACAAUUUUUGUUCCUGGGUAGUAAGUGUUAUUUCGUAAUUGCUUAUGCCUCAAAAGUAUAGAAAAUGGC